AUGCUGAUUUCAGUCAGAAUGGAUCCUCCUCUUCCUCUGAUGUUUCUGAUCUUGAUUAAUGGGGUUUCUAGUGCUGAAUGGGGUGUGAAUUACAGACAUUCACACAUCUGUGCACUAAAUGACUCUUCAGUGAUACUGAGCUGUAAUUACACAUACCCUACUGGAUAUCAGAUCAGGGAACUGUUCUGGACUAAAAACCAUGUAAAAGUAGAAAAGCUUCGAGAUCUGUCUGAGGACCCUGAAUACAGUCAGAGGUUUCAGUAUUUGGGAGAUGAACAGCAGAACUGCACCAUCAGACUGAGUCAUGUGACACAGAAGGAUGAACACAUGUACUUUUUCAGAUUCACAACUAAUGUAACAUAUGGAAAUUGGACCGGUUAUCCAGGAGUGUCUCUUACUGUCACAGAUCUUCAGGUGGAGUCUCCUGAGACAGUGACAGAGGGAGAUUCAGUCCAUCUGACAUGUAAAAGCAGCUGUGCUCUGACUGACAGAGCAACAAUCAUCUGGUACAGAAACUCACAGCCAUUAACUGAGAGAAGAGACAGAAACAAUCAACUCCUGCUGCAGUCAGUCAGAAGAGAGGAUGCAGGCAGAUACAGCUGUGGUGUACAGGGACACACUUACAUCUCUCCUGCUGUUCAGCUCAAUGUCACCUACCCACCAAAGAUUGUCUCACUGUCCAUCAGUCCAUCUGGUGAAAUAGUGGAGGGAGAUUCAGUGACUCUGAUCUGCAGCAGUGAUUCAAACCCUCCUGCAGAAAUCACCUGGUUUAAAGGACUAAUGAUUGUAGGAUCUGGAAGAAUAUACAGCAUCUUAAAGAUCAGCUCCGAUCACAGUGGCGAAUACAAGUGCAAAUCCAGAAAUAAACAUGGACAGAAAUACUCUGAAACUGUCACUUUAAAUGUCAUGUAUCCUCCCAGGAAUGUCUCAGUGUCCAUCACUGAGUCUGGUCAAAUCUGGAAUGGUGAUUCGGUGACUCUAAAUUGCAGCAGUGAUUCAAACCCUCCUGCACCAAACUUCAGCUGGUUUAAGGAGAAUCAAAUGUCAUCUGUUGGAUCUGGACAGAGUUUAAGUGUAAUACAGAGUGGACGCUUCUACUGUGAGGCUCACAAUCAACACGGAUCUCAGAGAUCAGAUGCUGUUACUGUCACUGUUAAAGAUCCUCCAAAGAGUGUCUCAGUGUCCAUCAUCAGUCCAUCUGGUGAAAUAGUGGAGGGAGAUUCAGUGACUCUGAUCUGCAGCAGUGACUCAAACCCACCUGCAGAAAUGAACUGGUUUAAAGGAAGAACGACUGUAGGAUCCGGAAGAAUCUACAACAUCUCAAAGAUCAGCUCUGAUCACAGUGGAGAAUACAAGUGCAAGUCCAGCAAUGAACAUGGAGAUAAAUACUCUGAUGCUGUGACUUUAAAUGUCAUGUACCCACCAAGGAAUGUCUCAGUGUUCAUAAAUGGAUCUGGUGAAACAGUGGAAGGAGAUUCAGUGACUCUGAUCUGCAGCAGUGAUUCAAACCCACCUGCAGAAAUCAUCUGGUUUCAGGAGAAUCAAAUCUCAUCUGUUGGAUCUGGACAGAGUUUCAGUGCACUACAGAGUGGACGCUUCUACUGUGAGGCUCACAAUCAACAUGGAUCUAAGAAAUCAGCAGUUAUAUUAGUGACCGUCCGUCAAGGUCUGGAUUGGCCUGUCUGGUUGGGAAUCACAGUGGCAUGUGUUGGAUUAUUCAUAAUCAUCAUCAUCAUCAUCAUCUUUGUGAUGAGAAAACGAAGAAGCACAAAAGCUGAAGUCGACACAGUAAAACAGGAUGAUCUGUACGCUAACGUAAAUGAGAAGAAUGUUCAGCUGUCUGAAUCAGCCAUUUGUGAUGAUGCUCUGUAUGCCAGCAUUUUAUACAGCAAAUCUAGAAAAGACAGAAAUGAUGAUGCAGAAGAGAUCCAGUACGUGACCGUCCAACAUCACAAAACCAAACCGACACAGAGAGCAGAGGAGAACGAAAGCCAGUAUGACAAUCUCAUGAUUCACCAGCCUGCUGCUGCUGUGAGGCAAUUAGAUGUGGAGACUGUGGAAGAGGUCUCUGUGAUCUACAGCAGCGUUAAAUGAAUGAAACACCAUCAUGAAGCCUGUGUUUAUACAUCAAUCUGGUCUGCUGGGAAAAAGCCUGCCUUUCCUUUAUUUUACCAGGUGAUGUCCCAUUGAGAUCUCUUUUACAAGGGAGCCCUGGAGAGAGACAUAUUGGCUGAAUAUGAACAAAUAUUAAUUAAUGUUCUUGAAAGCUUGCCAUUUAGCAUGCAGUUUAACUAAAUGUACAGUAUUUUAUAAAUUCACUAUUCAUAAAUAAAUACAUUUUAAAUAUUAUUUAAAUACUAAAUUAU